AUGUUCCAGUCAAACACCAUGAAUGACAACCAAGCUUGUGAUCAUGAUGAAGAGAACACUCUUGGUGAUGGCUUGCUCCUCACUGCCGCCGCCGCCGCCGCCACCACCACAACCACUGGUUCUGACAAAUACCGUCGCAUUUGGCGUCGGAGCAUAGGUGUAGGGAUUCUGGUCUCCAUCAAGAGACCCCCUUAUGGUCAAGAAUCUCCACAGCCAUCGCCAUCGGCGAUACCUUAUGCUCCUUGCCCACAAGAGCCUGAAACAGCAGUUGAAUCUGAACAAUCCCAACAUGUUAUUGAUGUAAUUCCCUCUGUUGUUGGGGAGGAACAAGCAGCAGACGAAGAUCGGAACAAGGUUGUUCAGAUUGUUAAAGAGAAGAACUUCAACUCUCUUAAAAAACACGGCGGCCUUGGCUGGGUUGCAAGCGUUCUGGGUUCUAAUUUGGAGGCGGGAAUUGAUGAUGGCAGCCAAGAUCAGAAGGUGCGGUGGAACACCAACGACAACCCUGAUGGUGGAAAAGGCUUCUUAUACUUCUUCUUACAGGCCUGUAGCAAAUGGACAAUUUUUCUGCUCUUGGUCUCAGCUGGGUUUGCAUUUGCUAUUGAUAUCAUGGGGCAUGGACUUGAAGAUGGGUGGCAUGAUGGGGUUGCUAUACUUGUUGCUGUAGUCCUGCUUGUUGCAUUCCCUUCGGUAGGUAACUUUUACCAUGAAAGGAAGAGGGUGAGGGAGAUGUUAAGGAACAUUAGGAAAUUGGAAGUGAAUGUUGUCAGAAGUGGAAAGCCCCGAGUGAUUGCCAUUUCUGAUGUUGUGGAGGGUGAUUUAGUGGUUUUGAAGAAGGAUGAUCGUGUUCCGGCUGAUGGUUUGUUUGUUGAUGAAGGGAAGAAUUUGGUAGUGGAUGAGGUUUUCAACUCCAAAAUUGAUUGUCAUCAGAACCCGUUUCUUUUCUCAGGUUCAAAGGUUGUUGAGGGCGAUGGUAAGAUGCUUGUGAUAUCGGUUGGCAAUAAUACAGCUAUGGGAAAAGCUCUGCGCUCGGUGGCCUCUCAUGAUCCUAACGAGAAGACAUUAUUAAAAGCUCGGAUUGAUGAACCAAAUGAUUACAAUGAAAUGUUUGCUUUUUGUGUCACUCUGCUUAUUGCUCUUGUGCUGUUUAUCCGCCUCUUAUGCGACAAACACCAUCGCAGUAAGGGGUCUCCUAUGCCAGACCUUAAGGGGAAUGUUUCGGUGGGCAUGGUGAUGAAGAUCUUUGAGAAAAUUUCCCUGAAAUCUCAAGGAAAGAUUUGGAUUUUGACAAGUGCUCUUACGGCCAUGGUGAUAGGUAUACAACAUGGAAUGCCUUUUGUGAUUACAAUUUCUCUGUACUGCUGGAACAAAAAGGUGCAGAUAUAUGGGGCAGAACCUCAGAAUUUAUCAGCUUGUGCCACAAUGGGGCCUGUCACAGUCAUCUGCGUUGAUGCAACUGGUGGGCUGAUGUGUAACCAGGUGGAGGUUAGCAGAUUUUUUGUCGGAGCGAAAGAUAUCAGCAACGGCGCCGUCGACUCUGAAAUUAGCCAAGCUGUUGUUGAAGCUUUGCUUCAGGGGAUUAGCGUGUCAGUUCUUGUGACUGAUGAGAUCAGUACUGUUAUCCCGCCCAUCAACUCGCUUAUUUCCUUUCUGGGUCUGAAUAUGGAGGUUUUGGAUCAAAGUUUUGACAUUCUUGAGUAUACAAGAUUGAGCUCUAUCAAGAAAGGUAGAGGUGUUGUGUUGAGGAGAAAAGGUAGUGAUGAAAAAAUCAAACACUUGCACUGGUGUGGGGCUGCAUCGACUAUAUUGGAAAUGUGUUCACACUACUAUGACUGCAGAGGUCAAAGUCAUGCUAUGGAAGGCAUGAAAUUAAAGUUUGAGCAGAUGAUUAAAGAUAUGGAAGAUGGCGAUCGUCUUAGACCCAUUGCAUUUGCUUAUAGGCAAAUUGAGGACCAAGAACUCAGAGAAGAGGAGUUGAACUUGUUGGCACUAGUGGGUCUGAAAUACCCAUCUCAGGAAGAGAUAAGAUCAGUAGUGAAAGAUCUUAGAUUGGCUGGAGUACCCGUGAAGUUGAUGUCGGAGGAUGAGCUCUCGGCAGUGAGAGCCAUAGAUUUUGGAUUAGGAAUAUCUACGCCUGGUUCAAAUCAUGUGGCACAUGAUGGUGAAGAAAUUCGACAACUGAUUAGCAGUGAAAGGAUGGAGAAUCUGAAUCUGGUUACUGUCAUAGGAAGUUGCCUCCCUGAGAACAAGCUUUGGAUGAUACAGCAAUUGCGAAAAGAAGGUCAUAUAGUUGCUUUCUUUGGAGGCUUCACCACAACUGACACCCUAGCUUUAAAAGAAGCCGAUGUAGGGAUCACUGUCCGGACUAAGAGCACUGAAUUGGCAAGAGAGAGCUCUGACAUUACAAUCAAAGAUUUUGGUUCAUUGUUUCAUAUUUUGAAGUCGGGCAGAUUUGCUUACUACAACAUUCAAAAGUUCAUCCAACUUCAGCUCACCAUUUGCAUCUCUGGGUUUAUGAUAGCCUUGGUGACCACAAUGGUUUCAGGAGAAUCCCCAAUAACAGGACUAGAAAUGAUUUGGGUGAAUUGGGUUAUGUGCCUUGUAGGCAGCCAAAUGCUGUUGAUGGAGUUAAAAAGCCAGGAACCAGCUAAAGGGUCUCUUAUAACCAAGGCCAUGUGUGGAAACAUUGCAGCUCAAGUCAUAUACCAGGUUUCUGUCUUGCUGAUCUUUGAGUUUAAGGGAUUCGGCAUGAACGACGAUGUCCGGAAGACCAUGAUCUUCAACAUGUUUUUCCUAUGUCAGAUCUUUAAUCAGUUCAAUGCCAUGGACAUAGUAGAGAAGCAAGUGUUGAUGGAGGUUGUUCGGAGCUAUUGCUUUUUGGUCACUUUGGCUGCUGUGAUGACAAUGCAGGUGGUGGUGAUUGAGUAUUUGGGUAUUGUGACCAAGUUUGUGAGGUUGAAUGCAAUGCAGUGGGGUUCCUGUUGUAUUGUUGCUGCACUUUCAAUGGGGUGGGAUUUGGCCUUAAAAUUGCUUGCAGAUAUCCUCAAAAAAUGGCCUUGGGAUUUUGGAUCAGUUGAUGAUUCAAAUGAUGGGUCCUCGAAUAGGUGGCCUAGGCCCUAUGUUCCCCAUUUUGGUGUCCCAUUUUUUGUGUUUCUUUUCCACGCGAUGCCCGGACUUUUCGCAAUUGUAAAUCAGUACGAAAAUCUGCCUGUGGCUUAUAAAUAAGUAGUGCAAUUGUCUGGUCUAAAUGUGAGAAUGUUGUAGUACUGAUAUUCUUCUUCUUUUGUUUUUUUUCUUAGCAUCUUUCUGCAACUGUGUAAGGACUUAGAUGGUGGGACUAUAUGUACUUUUUCAAGUCUAAUAGAGUCAUAGCUUGACCUAACUCCAUCGAAUAUCAAUGAAAUUCA